GCAGCAUUAAGUUGUGCUGUUUGUUUAUGUUUAAUUUCGCUGAAUUAAGAUAACAUGAAUUAAUAAUGUUCGUCAGCGAGGUGAACGAUGUGAAAAUCUACAAUUUAAGCGCGGGCAAAUCUGUGCCAGAUUGGCUUACAGAUCGCCGGAAGCGCGCGCGGCUGAUGAAAAAGGUCGACUCACGACGGCAAAUCGAGUUGAUACAGGACUUCGAUAUGCCCGGCGUGUGUACAAGCAUACGCAUGAGCCCCGAUCAUCAAUAUAUUCUAGCAACGGGCACGUACAAGCCUCGCGUAAAAUGCUUCGAAGUUUCCAAUCUGUCCAUCAAGUUCGAACGCUGCUUUGACUCGGAGGUGACCACUUUCGAGGUAAUUAGCGAUGACUACAGCAAGAUGGUGUUUCUUCAAUGUGAUCGCUAUGUGGAAAUUCAUGCGGCACAUGGCCGUCACUACAGAUUACGCAUACCUAGAUUUGGACGCGACAUGAAGUACCAUAAACCUAGCUGUGAUAUGUACAUAGUGGGUGUUGGCAGGGAUAUUUACCGCCUCAAUCUGGAGCGUGGCCAAUUUUUACAGCCCUUUGAGACGGAAUCAAGUACCCUGAAUGCCUGUGAAGUCAAUCCGGAGCAUCAUUUGCUUGUCGUAGGCACCAAGGAGGGUACUGUGGAGGCAUGGGAUCCGCGCAUGAAGCAACGCUGUGCCACACUGGAUGUUGCCAUAAAAUUGCCUGGUCUCAAGGAGUUUCCAUCGGUCACUGCGUUGAAGUACAGGAAUGGGCUGCAAAUGGGCGUGGGCACCGCCUCUGGACACGUGCUGCUCUACGAUAUACGUGCCAAACAACCAGUGCUGAUUAAGAAUCACUUGAAUAAGUUGCCCAUUAAACGAUUGGCAUUCAAUCCCGCGCAAAAUGCUGUCUACAGCUUAGAUGAAGCUACACUGAAGCUGUGGGAUGAGCAGACAGGGAAACAAAUUGCAUAUAUCGAAUCCACAACAUCAUUCAAUGAUUUCUGCACAAUUCCCGAUACGGGAAUGUUCUUUUUGGCGCAGGAAGAUGUGAAAAUGUUGACUUAUUAUGUUCCUGCAAUGGGUCCAGCACCUCGUUGGUGUUCAUUCUUGGAUAACCUUACCGAGGAAAUUGAAUCUGAGGUGGUGGAAAAUGUGUACGAGGACUAUCAGUUUGUGACACCAAAGGAAUUGGCGGAAUUGGGCAUGGAGCACCUCAUUGGCACAAAUUUACUGAAGGGUUCUAUGCAUGGUUACUUUAUGAAUGUGCGUCUGUACAAUAAGGCGAAGGCUGUUGUAGAACCCUUUGCCUUUGAUCGGUUCCGCAAAGAGAAAGUACGUCAGGAAAUUGAAAGUGAACGACAGUCUCGACUACAAAUCAAAUCCAAAUUGCCCAAAGUCAAUCAGGAACUGGCGCUUAAGAUUAUGGACGAGCAAAGCAAUCCCUCGAACAGUGCCAAGAAGCAGAAUAUGCCAAGCUUACUGGAGGAUUCACGUUUCAAGGCCAUGUUUGAAAAUACCGAUUUUGCUGUUAACAAGCAGGCAGAGGAAUAUAAACUAUUGGCACCCGUGCUUAAUCGUCUGGAUAAAUCUAAGGCCAAAGAGAUCAAGCAACGUAUUGAGGUGGCCCGUGUAGCUGAGCUGCAUGCAGAGGAGGCUCAAACGCGGGCGGAUAGCGACAACGACGAGGAUCUAUUUGGCUUUGAAAAGAGCGACAAUGAGGACGGAGCGGCCAGCAGUGCCGACGAAGCAUCCUCUGAUGAUGAGGAUAGACGUGCAUAUGUCAAGGAAAUGAAACAGGCCUACAAGCAGGUGAAACAAGAACGCGACCAGGCCGAGGAGUCAGCAGAUGAAGCACAAUCCGACGCUGAGCCCGACGGCCCCGACGACUACGCAGCACCUUUAACAAAUGGACACACAACGACACAAACCAAUGGCUCGCACUUCACCAUGAAGCCACUAGAAGAUACACAAGGCAAUAGCGUGUUGCAUAAUCGCAUCAAGCAAGUCAGUCUGCAGGACCGUGUACGCGUGAUGAGUAACCUCGACGGCCAAGUGACCAAUGUGGGUCGCUCUCUGGGCAAUCGGCAGAUGACAUUCGAGCUAAAUAAACAAAAGAAAGCGCAAUUCAAUGCACGGAAACGAGAAGCGGAAAUGAAAAAGCAUCGCGACGAGAGGCGAAGCAUCAUCAGGCCAAUCAAAUCGUUGAGGUUAAAGAAAGUUAACUUUAAGUAAACAAUUGAGAAAGUUUGUCUAUAGCCGGCAAUAAACAUAGAUAUUAAAAAUUGAUAGAAA